CACAACACAUAUAUAUUUGCAUUUUUUUUUUUGUUGCAAUAUAAUGGUUCCAAUUCAAGGCAAGGGCACCAUCUAUCCUUCUCUGAUGUAUUGACUAUUGGCCCCAAUAAGGCUCAGAUAAACUCCCUUUAUAACGGGGCUUCCAGUUCCACAUGCCAACCACUCUCAGCACCCCUCUUUGCUUAUCUUAAUGGCUUCACUCAUUCACUUCUCAACUUGCCUCAAGCUUGGAUUCACUGUUGCCCUCCUCCUGUUCCUGCUUCCCAUAACAGAGGGUUUAGAGGCUGGAGUGGAAACAGUAAUUUCAAGAGAGGUAAAAGUGGGAUCAAGGCCACCAAGGUGCAGUGUGGAUAAGUGCCUGAAUUGCAGACCAUGCAUGGCUACCCUUGUGGCUCCUUCUCAUCAAAGGAAAUACCCUUUAGCUACUUAUGAAAACUACUAUCUUCUAGCUUGGAAAUGCAAGUGUGGGGAUAAGCUUUUCCCACCUUAGUUAUUAUUGGUUCAUUGAAUUGAAAUAGACUUUAUGUAAAUGACCUGAGGAUUUCUAAACUUGUAUACGUAUAAUCCAUUGCUGACUUCUUAUAUUUAUCAAAUGACAUAAAUCUUCAUUGCC